CAAGGGCCUGAUCCUGCCAGCAAUCCACAGGGCAGGGGGAGCUGCAGUGACUUCUUGGGAACCGCUGCUCAGGCCUUCCAGGGUCUGCCCCCGAAUCAGGGAGAGACAAGGGAGAAGGCAAAGUGCUCGGGGGAGGAAUUCUGGCCGAGGGAGACUGCUGCUCCGCACGGCCUCCUCUGGGCCCACGCUGGGCCCACAACAGGAGGGUGGGCCGUGGCGACUGCCCCGAGCUGCAUUUUGGGGAAGGGAGAAGUUCAAGCCCGCUGAGCAUUGCUGCCUCACACAGCCGGGAGAGGGAAACCUGCCUGACCCGCAGCGUGGAGCCAAGUCAAGCCCAGUAAAUCCCGGCUCCAUCCCAUCCACCAGGGCCAGGAAUCCCCGCUUUCCGGCCGUCUCGCCAGACAGACACAGGCCUGGGCAGCCCGGCUGGCCAGGCGCACUCACACUUUACUAGCAGUCUGUUACCAGCCGGCUCAGCGUGUUACCCCAGCCCACCCCUGCUGCGACCCUGUAAUUUAUGUACAAUCCCCCUUCCAUCUCCCCCCGAGGGAUUUGCACAGCAGAUCUGGGUGUAAUCAAGUCCAGGAAUUUCCAUUCAAGUAUCCUGGGCGUUUUUUUUCCCCCAAGAUUUUCGGUUAACCCUUUCUGAUGGGGAGAGGAGGAGGAUUUAACCCCAUCCCAGCUCCCCAAACCUCACCACUCCAACGUCGCUUUCAGUCCAACACCCUGGGGCCGGGGUGACUUGAGCGGGUGCAAUCUACCUUCGCUAAGUGCACUUCAUGGCUGCGUUGCUGUUCCUCGCUGAGCCAGCUCAGCCCGCAAGCAUUGUACCGUCCAGAGGCAAAGCCUCUGUUCCGACGGCAAGAGAGAGACCGGCUCGAAUGCAGGGAUCAAGACACCAAUGCCAGAGACUCCGCUGGGAGUGAGUCUCCUUCCACCCGCCCGGCAUUUGGCCCAGCAUGGAAUGUUUCAAGGGUUACGAAGAGUUAAUGCUGGCCUUGCCAACCCUCCGGGCCAUCCCAAGGAGGAUAUAAAUUAAGAGAUGAGCCACCUUCCUUUCAGAAGCCAACCCGGCUUAAUUGGGGAAGGAUGGACUCAUCCCAGCUCCUCUGCAGCAUCUCGCUCCUCCUCCUGGUCAGACCCGCUGUCUCCCAGCCAGUGGAAGGCAAGAGGCCCCUGCUGAUGGAAGAGCCACAGCCGGGUACCAGCAUCAGGGACCUGCUCUGGGCGCUCCUAGAGACGCACAUGCCAAAGGGACCUUCCCUGCACGUCCCGGAUGACCCUAGAAACCUGCUGCCCUACGCCUCCCCCGGGCCGGCCAAGCGCCGUCAAAAACGGAGGCUGCUGGCCAGCAGCCGCUUGUGGGAGCAGCCAGAGGAGCAGGAGUGCCGGCUGCGGAGUUUGCUGCUGCGCGUCAAGGACCUGGCCCUGGGCUACGACUCCGAAGAGACCAUCCUGUUCAAGUACUGCAGCGGGAGCUGCCCCAAGGCCCGCACCAACCACGACCUGACGCUCUCCAUGCUGCUCCAGAAGAGCGAGAUCCCAGCCCUGGGCGAUGAGAAGAUCGUUGGCGACCCCUGCUGCCGGCCAACACACUACGAGGACGUGGCCUUCCUAGACAACAGCCACCAGUGGCACGAGGUGGAGAAGCUCUCGGCUUCUGCCUGCUCCUGCGUGGGCUGAUGCUGCUGGCGGGAGGGUAUGUCAGCAGGGUGUGCGUAGCUCCAGUGUUAAAGCAGUCAGUGUUUCUUCCUCCCACACCCUAGAACCCGUAGCCUGAGAGAAGACCAAACUCCACCCCACAGAUCCCACAGAAUGGGGGCCAUGACUUUUGCCCCUUGAAGGGCACCCUCUAGGGGUGGGAGAAGGGAGCUGCUACUACCACUACCGAGGAGUCAAUCAAAACAACAAUGGUGUUCACUUCACAAUACCAGGCCAACCCCCUUCUUCCACUCAGCCACCAGUCCCAUCCUGUCUCUUUGCAUUACUGAGAUGCUAGCUUGUUUGCUAAGGCCUGGAACCUCAAAGGCAUUUAGGCUCCUAACUUCCACUGAAACCAAUGGGAGUUAGGAGCCUAAAUACCUUGGAGGAUCUGAGACUGAGAACCUGCCUGGAGGAGGUGUGCAUGGCACAUCUACACGCAGGUGCAGGGGGAGAGCUGGACAAUACAAGAGAUAUUUAUGGAUUCCUAAGUUAUUUAUUUAUUUGGUUUCUUCCGCUAAGGGCAGGGAGGGCCAGGGAUCUCAUUCCUGCCACCUCCCUACCUGAGCUUGCUAGAGUCCCUUUUUAAUUUAUUUGCUUCUUUCCGCUAGUAGAGAGUCGGGGAUUGUAUUUGUUUGCUCGUUUUCAGGCAUGUCUUGGGAACGGUUGAAAUGUACAUGGUGGUUUCAGACUAAUAAAAACCAUGAAACUGAUCAAAAGACGUGUGGCUAUUUGUGGGACAGAUGGGCAAGGAUUACUCCCUU